UCAGCUGGUCUGCCCAAGACCCCCUGAGCGUGAACCUUAGUCCCCCACGCGGUCCCAUUUCCACUCCGACAAGGUGAAAGAAACAAUCAUGAACCAGGAAAAACUCGCCAAACUGCAGGCACAAGUGCUCAUUGGUGGGACAGGAACUGCUCCUAGAAAGAAGGUGGUUCACAGAGCAGCCAUGGCAGACGAUAAAAGACUGCGGUUCUCCUUACAGAAGUUGGGGGUAAACAGUAUCUCUGGUAUUGAAGAGGUGAAUGUGUUUACAAACCGAGGAACAGUGACCCACUUUAACAACCCUAAAGUCCAGGCGUCUCUGGCGGCAAACACCUUCCCCAUUACAGGCCACGUCGAGACAAAGCAGCUGACAGAAAUGCUUCCCAGCAUCCUCAACCAGCUUGGCGCAGACAGUCUGACCAGUUUGAGGAAACCGGCUGAAGCUCUGGCCAGACAAUCUGUGGAUGGAAAAGCACCACUUGCUAUUGGAGAGGAGGAGGAGGAUGAAGUUCCAGAUCUGGUGGAGAAUUUUGAUGAAGCUUCUAAGAACGAGGCAAACUGAAUUGAAGCAACUUCUGAAGAAGGUGACACUUGGCAGAAGUUACAAUAGGAGCUGCUGUUUUAUAUCAUGACUGCUUUUUAAAAAAAUUUUGUUUAUUAUGGAUCUGAUAAAAUCUAGAUCUCUAAUAUUUUUAAGCCCAAGUCCCCCAGACACUGAAGCUCUUUUCAGCCUAAUUCAUUCUUUGCAGCAAAUUAAGCUGAAGACGCCUGGGAAUAAAGUUUGGAAAAGGUUAAUAAA